UCUAGUCUCAAGAGGGCACGUCAAAUUAAACUAUAAAUGCAAGAAUAUCACCAUCCCUCUAUCCACUUGAUCAUAGUAAGAGUUUCACUAAGUUCCGGUUAUUAAGUAAUUAUAAGUGAAAAUGGGUAUGGUUUACAUGGAUAUGCCUGGAGGCAAGAAGAUGCCUGGAAUCGGACUGGGGACAUGGAAUGCUAUCGAUGAAACAGAGUUAGAGACAGCCCUUGACGCAGCUCUAGAAUGUGGUUACCGCCACAUUGACACCGCAUUCUUCUACGAAAACGAAAAGAUCAUCGGGAGGGUGCUCCACCAGUGGAUCUCGGCUGGGAAGGUCAAAAGGGAUGACCUAUAUAUCGUUACUAAGCUAGCGGUGAGCGGGAUUCACCCAGACAGGGUUGAAAUGAUGUUGAAGAAAUCCUUGGAAGACUUGCGCUUGAAGUAUCUUGAUUUGUAUUUGGUUCACUUCCCAGUGGGCGUCAACUACGUGGAGGGGCAUGUGGUACCUCCAGCAUCCCAAAUGAGGCUGGAGCAUACUGAUCAUGUGGAGUUGUGGAAGAAAAUGGAAGAGCAGGUGGAUGCAGGAAGAACAAAAGCGAUUGGACUAUCAAACUUUAACAUAAGACAAAUAGAGAGAAUACUCAAAUGCUGCAGAAUAAAGCCAGCUUGCUUGCAGAUAGAAAUACAUGCUGCCAUGCAGCAGAAAGAAUUGGUGGACUUUUGCCACAAAAACGGGAUUGUUGUUGUCGCAUAUUGUCCAUUGGGCGCUCCUGGAUACAACGAUUUCCUGAAAUCUGUUGGACAGAAGCCAAAGGAACUCCCGAACAUGCUUCAGAACCCAGUCGUGAAACAAGUAGCACAAAAACACAGAAAAUCUCCUGGUCAAGUCAUGUUGAGGUUCCUGAUUCAAAGAAACAUUGUCCCGAUACCCAAAAGUGUGAAUCCCUCGAGGAUCAAGGAAAACAUCGAGGUGUUUGACUUCAAUCUUGAUGCUGGAGACAUGAAGAAACUAUCAGAACUGGAUAUUGGUGAAUCGGCCAGAAUCUGUGACUGGAAGUUCUUCCCCGCGUAAGUGAAAAUGGUUUUUCUGCAAAUAUUGUUUUACUCUAACAGGUUGCAAGCACAUGCUGUGCAACAUGUAUAGUUGCAAACUUAUAAUGGGAACGUACCUUUAUUAUAAUGUAAGGAAAAUAUAUUUCUUACUAUUUGCAGUCUAAUGUAUUACUCGCACGAAUUUAUUACAACACUUGCAACUCAUUUAUUACAAAUUUAUGACUGGACCAUUGAUUCCGCGUUGUUGACUCAUCAUCUGCUGUCGGUCGCCUCUGCCCGUUUCAGCACUUUGUGUGUGUAUCUGUUUUUUGAUCGACGAGUCCAGAAACGUUCCCGCAUCUUCCAGAGACAACUCGAGUCUUCAUCGAUGCCUCGUAGAUGGCGAACGUUUGCGUUGUGCGUGAUUCUGGUGACCGAUAUAUCAGGGUAGUCAAAGUUCUAGUUACGAAUGCAUUACAAUAAGCUCCCAUAAAAAAACUAAAAACAGCUGUCCAACAUGUCGUGCGUGUAUUGACCUCUAAGCUGCAGUUUUUCCAUCGCAUGCUAAUUUUCAAGUUGGGUAACUAUAACUAGGAAGUUAAAUUUGCUUGUAAUGGAUUGAAAAUUUACUUUUUAAGUCUUGAAACAUAUUGUCCAUGUGGCAACGUUGCUUUAUGACAAAACUAUCAAGUUGUGCAAGUUUCGUGAUUAAUGCUAUUUGUAUCUCGUAUAAUCUGUGAUGUCUGACUGACAAAAAAAAUUAGACAUUGCGUCAUAACUACAACUUUCUAGUUAGCCAGUGGAUAACCAUCUGGUUUAAAUUAACCACCAUUUUAGGACAAACCUCACAUUGCUUAACCCUUUUUGAGAGUUGCCGUUCGGUUCGCAGUGAAGUUACAGUUUAACUGCGAUUGAAAAACCGACCCUCAGAGCUUGAGGUCAUGAAAUAAUGUUGGCAAAUGGCGUCCCAUGGUCGGGGUUUGUCGUAAUACUACUUUGGUCCCAAGAACUUUGGUUCUCUCAAUAAAAUUCUGGGGUCGAUUGAGCUUCAUCUUACUCCUUUGUAACCUUCAGAAAAAUCAAGUAAAAAUUAUUCAUACAGUGCUUUUCAAGAAGGCG